UCUGCAGACCCCUCCAUGGAGCCCGCCAUGCCCCAGCAAGGCUCUGCGUGCGAGCCACCUCCCGAUGUGGACACGGACGACUGUCUCCAGGAGUAUUGCUACCUCUUCAGCCCGGACAUCCUUAAGGGCAAGGUCGCAUUCAUCACUGGAGGGGGCUCUGGGAUUGGAUUCCGCAUUGCAGAGGUCCUGAUGAGACACGGCUGCCAAACCAUCAUUGCAAGCAGGAACCUGCAGAAACUGACGGAAGCUUCCCAAAAACUGUCAGCAGCCACCGGCCAGCGAUGCUUACCCCUCUCCCUCGACGUCAGGCAACCCCAGGCAAUCGUGUCGGCUGUGGAUGAGGCCCUGAAAGAGUUUUCGAGGAUUGAUAUCCUUGUUAACAAUGCUGCAGGUAACUUCCUCUGUCCAGCUAGCUCACUGUCCUUCAACGCCUACAAAACAGUGAUUGAUAUAGACACUUUGGGCACGUUCAACGUCUCUAAAGUCUUGUAUGAUAAGUGGCUCCGGGACCAUGGUGGAGUCAUUGUGAAUAUCACAGCAACACUCAGCUACAGAGGCCAGGCUCUCCAGGUGCAUGCUGGGACGGCUAAGGCCGCUGUAGAUGCAAUGACCAAACAUCUGGCUGUCGAAUGGGGACCCAACAGAAUCCGAGUGAACAGCCUGGCCCCGGGCCCCAUUACAGGCACAGAGGGCUUCCGGCGUUUGGGCGGGCGUCACGCCGAGUCGAGCGGCCUCUACCAAACCAUCCCUCUCCUGCGCAUGGGCAACAAGACGGAGAUCGCCCACAGCGUGCUGUACUUGGCAAGCCCUUUGGCCUCUUAUGUGACCGGCACGACCCUGGUGGUGGACGGGGGCAGCUGGCUGACCACCCCGAACGACUUCCCCUCUCUGUUGGGUAUUGCCUCACACUCUUCUAAGCUCUAGCUGUCUGGGCCACGGAUGGAAAGAAAGGCAAAUGAACUGGACUUCAGGACUUUUGCCGACAACACGCUUCCGUUGAGAUGCUUUUCCCAGAAACAUCUACGCGGUUUCGCUGUGGGCGGCCUCGGCCUUUCUCUGACAGCGGGGUGGUCUUAGACACAGCCGUGGAACUGGCAGCGUUUAAGGGAAUGCCACUUAGACCUCAGCCACGUCUUUAGGAUUUCUUCAUUCUUAAUUUCACAGCUACAACCUGCCGGUCACUUUGUCUCACAAGGAGAAUUCUCUGCCUGCCGUUUUCUGGCUGGAAAAAGAAAUCGGUUAUUCCUGAUCACCUUUCUCCCAGCUGGAGAAAGAAAUGUGGGUAGUUGUACGUGUUCUCCGGCAGAGGUGAAAACAGCUUGGGAACUGGCCUGGUUCUCACUGUUUUGCAUGCAGAAGGUCCUGGAUUCAAUUCCUCACAUCUUCGCAUAAAUGAUUGCAAAAUAAGUGCUGUGAAAGACUUCCGCUUGGGGCCCCGAAAACCCAGGCAGUGUCCCAUGGUUGUUGAGUCCCCCUCCCAAAUCAAUCCAUCUUUAUUUGUUGCAAUCAAAGAUCAGUUGAGAUUGACACACAGGGAAAGAGCCACCAGUGCAUCUGCAUAGAAUAAAAUUUCAGAGCCAUAUAGUAAGUUGGUUUAACCGCAAA